AUGGUUGUGGUGCUCAUCAUAGAUUUGAAGGAAGAUGAUAAUGUCAUUGAGAGCUACUGGAAUCUGAGCGUAACCACUGGUGAGAUCCAAAAUCAAAAAAGAACUUUGAGCGCUGUUAAUAUCUCCUCAAUUCUUGAAAGCUACUUCAGUACAUGUGUCACCCAAUCGCUUUGUGUGCCUGCAUGUGAACCUGGGUACAGGAAAGCUGUCAUAAAAGGAAGGCCUGCAUGUUGCUAUGACUGUGUGCAGUGUUCAGAGGGACAUUUCUCCAAUGCUUCAGACAUGGAAAACUGCCUUCAAUGUCCUGAUGACCAAUGGCCGAAUGAGAAGAGAAAUAAGUGCAUCAUGAGAUCCAUAGACUUCUUAUCCUACGAAGAACCACUUGGAUUAGCUUUAGCCAUAGCAGCCAUUGUUCUAUCCAUCUUUACAGCAUUCAUUCUGGGUAUCUUUAUUAAAUACAGAGAUAGCCCUAUAGUAAAAGCCAAUAACCAAGAGCUUAGUUAUGCAGUACUCGUCUCUCUCAUGCUGUCUCCCCUCUGUAUAUUACUGUUUAUUGGUCGUCCUAUGAAAGUGACAUGCUUACUAAGGCAGGUAGCUUUUGGUAUCAUUUUUGCUAUUAGUAUUUCUUCUGUGCUGGGAAAAACAAUCACUGUUGUUGUUGCAUUUAAUGCUAUAAAACCUGGGAGCAGAUUAAAAAAAUGGAUUGGUUCUAAGGUUCCAAGAUACAUUGUUCUUCUAUGUUCAUUGGGAGAAAUUAUAAUAUGCUCUGUAUGGUUACUUUAUUCUCCCCCAUACCCAGAUUGUGACACCAAAACUCAACCAUCUGUGAUGAUAUUAAAGUGCAAUGAAGGAUUUGCUCCUGCAUUUUACGUAGUGAUUGGAUACAAUGCAUUACUGGCAUCUGUUUGCUUUGUUGUAGCUUAUUUUGCCCGGAAGCUGCCAGACAUGUAUAAUGAAGCUCAGCACAUCACCUUCAGUAUGUUGGUGUUCUGCAGUGUCUGGAUCUCUUUCAUCCCGAGCUAUCUGAGCACAAAAGGAAAAUACAUGGUAGCGGUUGAAAUAUUUGCCAUCCUGGCUUCCAGUUCUGGACUAUUCGGCUGCAUAUUUAUUUCCAAGUGUUACAUUAUAUUUUUCAGACCUGAACUAAACAGCAAAAGAAAAACAUUUAUCAAUUAA